GCGGACGCGCACCCGGUCAGAACGCGCGUGCUCGUCUGACCAGGUCCUGUGCAUAGAUUCAAGUUAAAGCCUCAAAUCAGGUGAAUGGUUCUUCAUGAGGAAAGCAGAGAUGAACCCAGAAGCGCCGUCAGACUUUACAGAUUGAACAUUCCAGAGAUCACAUCAAGAACAAUGCUGUAUUCGACAUUGUGACUCUACAACAACAACAAAAAAAAAAAAAACAGUGAGAAGAAGCAUCAUGGCGCAUUUUAAACUGGAUAAUGUUGAGGAUUUAUAUGAAAUCAGACAGGUACUGGGCAGUGGUCAUUUCGGGCAAGUGCGUGAGGUGUGUGAGCGGGCUACUGGGAUCGUGUGGGCAGGGAAGUUUCUGAUGCUGCGGCGCGGUGCAGGGAGCCGCCUGGGCCUGGAGAGGGCGAGCGUGGAGAAAGAGGUGGAGAUCCUGCAGAGCCUCCAACACCAGAACAUCAUGGCCCUCCAUGAUGUGUUUGAGAGCAAGGCAGAGGUGGUCCUCAUCGUAGAGCUUAUUCAAGGCGGUGAGUUGUUUGACUUCAUUGCUGAAAAGGAGAGCUUGACCGAGACGGACGCGAUCAAGUUCCUGAAGCAGAUUCUAGAGGGCGUUAACUACAUGCACAGCAAACACGUGGGCCACUUUGACUUAAAGCCUGAGAACAUCAUGAUGUCAGAUAAGCAGGUCCCCAAUCCUAACAUUAAGAUCAUUGAUUUUGGAAUGGCCCACUGCUUUUUACAAGGAGUGGAGUAUAGGAGCACGGGUGGAACCCCACAGUAUAUUGCACCGGAGAUCAUCAACUUCGAACCUCUCAACACAGCAGCAGAUAUGUGGAGUAUUGGUGUCAUCACCUACAUUCUACUGAGCGGUCUUUCUCCGUUUCAAGGCGACACAAACGAAGAGACGCUAAAGAACAUUGUGGAGUUGAAGUACGAGUUUGAGCCACACUACUUCAGCCAGACCAGCUCUAUGGCCAAAGACUUUAUCCAGAAACUACUAGUCAAAGAGCAGAGUGAGAGAAUGACCGCUGAGGAAUGCCUGAUUCACCCCUGGAUUAAACCUCUCACUAGGACGCAGUUGGCUAAGAGAAAUCGGUCUUCCAUCAACAUAAAGAACUUCAGGAUGUUUAAUGCUAAGAGAAAGUGGAAGAUGUCCUAUAACAUGGUGUCAGCCUGCAAUCGCCUGUGCAAGCUCAAGCUGGUGUGUAAGAGCAGUGCCUUGGAAAAACAAGAUCUGAGAGAUUGCGAAAGCGACCAGGAAGGCACAGAGACAAAAACCUCCUCUCUUUUGCGCCGCCGCCUCAGCAACAGUUCCUAAAGCAGAGAAGUGACAAAGAAAUCAUCUGCAUCGCAUUAAUGAAAGCAGGUGGACGGUUUCUUGGUAAUGGUCUAUGCUGAGAAACAUAAAGCUUUUGGACCAAAUGAAUUUUGCAACUUACCCACGAUGUUUCCUGCUGCAGCAGGAGAAGAUAGUUCCGUAAAACUGGGCCAAACCCACAACAUUUUCGAAACUAAUAUGCAAAACUUAUUCCCUGACAGAUACCUCUGAAAAACUAAACGUUGAUGACUCAGCUUGAUGUUCAGUUGAUACAAGUUACAGCCCUAAAUAUAAAACAUGAGCUGUGCUAUACAACUUUUAAUACAACCUUCUGAACUUACCAUUGCCUGGGUCCUUUGGGGAACAGCAUCUUAAGUGCGAUUACACGACUGUAGUAGCUCUAGUGAAGGUUGUUAGACUCCUUAGAGAGAAGGAACCAACAUCAUUGCAGACUUUAAGAAUUUUCUGAGCUGACACAAUUUCCAUAUCCAACACAAGCAAACUUUAAACAGCAGCACAACACAAAAUAUUUAAUCCAUCACAGUGUUUACUCUUUUUGUGUUUAAAUAGACUCUGUAUUAAUAUGCCUCAAUAGCCAGCCAGUUAGCAUGCUAGUUCAUUGGGCAUUCUGACUUGUAAGAAUGGCCGCUAGUUAUUUCAUUGGCUAGCUAGCUAACAAGCAAUUGUGUAUUUCUUUUGUACAUAGUUUAAAGGAAAUAUAAGCAUGUAUGUUAACGACAAAAAAGUCACUGAUGCUGCCAAAACUGGUUGCGUUCAUAUUGUACAUUUUGCUCUCACUCCUCUCUCUGGGAUGCAGGCGUUCACUUAUGUGACGUUUCCAAGUCCUGAGUAAAGUCAACAACGACAUUUUGUAAGCCGAGUCAAGGGUGCAUAUGAAUUGUUUAGAUACUGGAACUUGUGGUAAUGAAGCAUCAAGCUGUGAUAUGUCAAAGGGAUUUAGGAACAUUACUUGAUAAUAUGCCUUGAGAAAUGGGUGGAGUCUUAAUUUGUGUGCCUUAAACUUACAUAAAAUAUGACUGCUGA